AAAUAGAAAGCUGUCAAUCCAACAAAUUCCGCAGUGAGACGAUCCCAAAUAUAAAGCUACACUCUCCUGCUUACAUUUCACGCAGACGGCGCACCACCUCUUCCCUCUCCAUUUUCAUUGCAUUAGGUUUUCUCAACUUUCUCUCUCCUCGAUUCGUAGCUGGUGAAGAACACGAAGAAGCCAUAACCAUGUCUGACGAAGAGCACCAGUUCGAAUCCAAGGCUGACGCCGGUGCGUCCAAGACUUUCCCUCAGCAAGCUGGUACUAUCCGUAAGAACGGUUACAUCGUCAUCAAGAAUCGCCCCUGCAAGGUUGUUGAAGUUUCCACUUCUAAGACCGGCAAGCACGGCCAUGCCAAAUGUAACUUUGUUGGUAUUGAUAUCUUCAAUGGGAAGAAGCUCGAGGAUAUUGUUCCAUCUUCUCACAAUUCUGAUGUUCCCCAUGUCACUCGUACUGAUUACCAGCUCCUUGACAUAACUGAGGAUGGCUUUGUUAGCCUGCUGACUGACAAUGGAGACACUAAGGAUGACUUGAGGCUGCCAACUGAUGAUGCUCUGCUGAAACAGCUUAAGGACGGGUUUGCCGAGGGGAAAGACCUGAUUGUGAGUGUGCAGUGUGCCAUGGGAGAGGAACAGAUCUGCGGUCUCAAGGAUAUUGGACCCAAGUAGAUGAUUUCUGAUCGGUUCAAGUUGGCUCUCUAGGCAUUAAAACAUUACUAUGACUAGCUUUACUGAGAUUUCAUGUGUUUAAGAAUGUGUUGGAAAAAGACCUCUGUGAUAGGGCCUCUGGUGUUUAGCUCCUGUUUAUGUUGACUCUUGAUCAUCAUCAAAAUGUUAGGUGCUGUUGUUUCUGCUAAAUGAUGUAUUGGUGCUGUUAUACCAUACGUAAUAUUGUGCGAUUCCCGAAUUGGCUUGUUCUCA